UUGUGCCUAAAUGAUCUCGUAUGUAAAAGCUAUUCACACUUCCGUAGUUAUUAUUGAAGUGAAUGCGCCAUUUCUUGCUGUUUUUUCAAACACUUCCUUCCUUGAUUCUACGACGAUUUUAUGCUGGUUAGGCACACCAAGAAGAAGCUCUCACCUUUCAAGUUUGAGUCUUCCUUCAAAUUCUCAACUACAGAUUCAUCUCUAAAAUGCAGAAAAGAUCCCAACAACCAUAUGGUUCAAUGCAUUAUAAACAAUCCUCAUCCAGAAAUCUCUGGUUUUUUCCAGAAAGGCUUUUCGCUUAUCACAAACGAAGCCGUGGGAAAAUCAGUGCAUGCUGUGUGCGUCAAGGGAUGGACUCAUCUAAGCAUUUUUCACACCAACACACUGAUAAAUAUGUACUCGAAACAUGGUAACAUUACGUAUGCCAAGCAGGUGUUCGACACAAUGCCUGAGAGAAACGAAGCUUCUUGGAACAACAUGAUUUCUGGAUUUGUGAAAGCGGGGUUUAAUCUAGAUGCCUGCAGACUGUUUCUUGAUAUGUGGCGUCAAGGAUUUGAGCUGAAUGGCUAUAAUAUCCCGAGCUUAUUAACUGCGUUUAGUAGGUCGGGGAGUAUGUUCCUCGAAGGGCGGCAAAUGCAUAGCUUAGUUUUGAAGAUGGGUUUGUCGCAUGAUGUGUUCAUAGCGACUUCGCUUUUGCAUUUCUAUGGUGGGUAUGGCCUUGUUUCUGAUGCAGAGAUGCUGUUCGAACAAUUGCCUGAUAGAAAUGUGGUGUCUUGGACCUCUUUGAUGGUUAAUUGUGCAAAUAGUGGAUUGUUCUAUAAGGUGGUUGAUUUGUACCGGAGAAUGAGGCACGAAGGGAUGAGUUGCAAUAAGAAUACCUUCACUACAGUUAUUAGUUCUUGUGGAGCACUUGAUGAUGAAAAUCUGGUUCAUCAAGUGCUUGGUCAUGUUACUAAGUCCGGCCUUGAGACCGAUGUUUCUGUUGCAAAUUCUCUUAUAUCAGUUUUUGGUGGCUUCAACCGGGUUGAGGUCGCCAGUUAUAUCUUCGACAAUAUGAAUGAACUUGACACCAUAUCGUGGAACUCAAUACUCGCAGCAUUCGCUCAUAAUGGGCUCACAGAAGAGACAGUUAGAUACUUCCACUUAAUGCGUCUUAAUCAAGGGAAAGUGGAUCAGAGUACACUUUCUACAGUGUUGUCUGUGUGUGAUUGUGUAGAUAACUUGAGUUGGGGAAGAGGGAUUCAUGGUUUUCUGUUCAAGCUGGGAUUGGACUAUGACAUAUGCUUAUCUAACACUCUUCUUAGUAUGUAUUUCGUGACAGGGCAAUGCAAAGAUGCCGAGAAGUUGUUUCACAGUAUGCCACUGAAGGAUUUGAUUUCCUGGAAUUCAAUGAUGGCAGGAUAUGUUUUGGCCGGAAAGAGCCUAGAUGCCUUGAGGGUAUUGAGAGAACUGCUCCACAUGGGGAACAUGAUAAAUUUCGUUACUUUUGCUAGUGCGUUGUCUGCGUGUACAAAUGCUGAAUUUCUGUCUGAAGGGAUACUUGUACACGCACUUGUAAUAACAUCCGGGCUCCAUGAUAAUGAGGUAGUUGGGAAUGCUCUAGUUACCAUGUAUGGGAAGUGUGGCAUGACACAAGAAGCUCAUACGAUUUUUUGGAGUAUGUCAGAAAAGGGAUUGGUUUCUUGGAAUGCACUGAUUGGUGGUUAUGCUGAGAAUCAAGAAGUUGACGAGGCAAUAAGAGCGUAUAAGUUGAUGAGGGAAAAUGGUGCCAAUCCAAACUACAUAACCCUGAUUAAUGUUCUUGGAUCCUGUCGUGACCAGAGCAACCUUCUGAAGCACGGAAUGCCCCUGCACGCGCAUAUUUUGUCUACUGGAUUUGAGUCGGACGCGUAUGUAAGAAACUCACUGAUCUCAAUGUAUGCCAACUGUGGUGAUCUUAGUUCAAGUAGUUCCAUAUUUUGUGCUUUAGUAAACAGGACCCCUGCAACUUGGAAUGCUAUGGUUGCUGCCAACGCUCACCACGGCCAUUGGGAGGAGGCGUUGAAACUUCUCCUCAACAUGCAGAGGGCUGAAGUAGAUUUUGAUCAGUUUAGUCUUUCUGCAUCCCUUUCGGCUUCAGCUAGCUUGGCUAUCUUGGAGGAUGGUCAGCAUCUUCAUGGUUUAGCUAUUAAACUCGGUUUUGAUAACUAUCAUUUUGUUGCAAAUGCUGCCAUGGAUAUGUAUGGAAAGUGCGGAGAGCUUGAUGAUCUAUUGAAACUGAUUCCAGAGCCAAAAACGCGGUCUAGAUUAUCAUGGAAUAUCCUGAUAUCUGCUUUUGCUAGGCAUGGAUGCUUCCAGAAAGCCAGAGAGACCUUCCACGAAAUGGUGGCACAGGGAGCGAAACCUGACCAUGUCACCUUCGUCUCACUUUUAUCUGCGUGCAGCCACGGUGGGCUUGUAGAUGAGGGGCUUCAUUAUUUUGCUUCGAUGACUACUGACUUUGGUGUCCCAGCUGCUAUAGAGCAUUGUGUGUGCGUUGUUGAUCUACUCGGACGAGCAGGAAGGAUUGCUGAAGCCGAAGCAUUCAUUGAAGAGAUGCCAGUUCCACCUACUGACUUCAUAUGGCGAUCGCUGUUGGCAGCAAGCAAAAUCCACGGUCAUUUUGAGCUGGGGAAGAAAGCAGCUGAGCGCCUCCUUGCAGCAAACCCGUGUGACGACUCUGCCUACGUGCUCUACUCGAAUGCAUGUGCAACAUCAGGACGAUGGCAAGAUGUGGCGGGACUGAGGGGGAAAAUGGAGUCUCAAAAUGUGAGAAAGAAGCCAGCCUACAGCUGGCUCAACGUGAGGAACAAAGUGAGCACGUUUGGCGCAGGAGAUGAGUCGCAUCCGGAUUCGGAGAAGAUAUAUUUGAGAUUAUGGGAGCUGAAGAGAGAAAUCAAGGAAGCAGGGUAUGUUGCUGACAUAAGCUGUGCGUUGCACGACACAGAUGAGGAACAGAAGGAGGAUAAUCUGUGGAAGCAUAGCGAGAGGCUGGCUCUGGCGUACGGGCUGCUGAGCACGGAACAAGGUUCGACACUUCGGAUAUUCAAGAAUCUUCGUGUUUGUGGAGAUUGCCACGCAGUUUACAAGUUGGUGAGCACUAUAGUGCGCAGGCAGAUCAUACUAAGGGAUCCAUACAGGUUCCACCAUUUUACUCAGGGCAACUGUUCUUGCAAUGACUAUUGGUAGUGUAGUGUUCAUGCUGCCCUGCCCUUCAAUUUUCAAUACAUCCUCAUUUCUUGCCUCACAAA